UUUGUUGGAUGUAUACAAAUGCAACAUCUAUUCCUUAUUUAAUAACAAUUGAUAAACUUCAUCAAAAGUUAGUAACUUUGAAAAAAGCAACUUACAUUACAGUUUAUACAAUUUCAGCAAUUAUACCAGGAAUACUACCACUUGUAAUUGCAGUACUUUCAUCAAACCAAAAAGAAACUUUAGUAAAUAUAAUUGAAGAAAAUAACUUAAUUGUUAAGUAUUUAAAUCAUGCUGGAGCAAAAUUAGUUGAAUUAUAUUUUGAUAGUGCUCCUUAUGAUCGGAAUUGGUUAGGUAGAACAUAUUUUACUAAUUAUGAAUUUCAAAAUAAGUUAGGAUUAAUUAAGAACAGAUUUUUAUCAUUGUAUAAAAUGAAUACUGAACAGCCAGAAGUCACAGAGAUAGACUGGGG